GGGGCGGGACCGGCGGCGGUGUGAGGCGGCGCGGCGCGGGGGACGGAGCCCGGCCCUGAGGGGAGCGGCAGCCGUGCGAUCCGUCGCCGUACACCUCCCCGAGCCCGGCCGGGGAGCGGUCCCACGGCCCUACCCGCAGCCUGAGGGGAGGGAGAAGGGAAAAAGGGAAAAAAAAUAGAAAAAGAAAAAAAAAAAGAGAGGAAAAAAUCGCUGAUCCCUAACCGCGUGGAGCGGACGAGCGACCAGAGCGACCGAGCGGGGCGGCGGUGCCAUCAUGUCGGCGGGCGGGGACUUCGGCAACCCGCUGCGGAAAUUCAAGCUGGUGUUCCUGGGCGAGCAGAGCGCAAUUCAGCCUCAACUUGGGCAUUUCUUUUUGGUGGGGAAGACUUCCUUGAUCACCAGGUUCAUGUAUGACAGCUUUGACAACACCUACCAGGCAACAAUUGGCAUUGACUUCUUAUCAAAAACCAUGUAUUUGGAGGAUCGAACAAUCAGGUUGCAGCUGUGGGAUACUGCGGGUCAGGAACGUUUCCGUAGCCUCAUUCCCAGUUACAUCCGUGACUCUGCUGCUGCUGUAGUAGUUUACGAUAUCACAAAUGUCAACUCGUUCCAGCAAACAACAAAAUGGAUCGACGAUGUCAGAACGGAACGGGGCAGCGAUGUCAUCAUUAUGCUGGUGGGAAAUAAAACAGAUCUAGCAGAUAAGAGGCAAGUGUCCAUUGAGGAAGGAGAAAGAAAAGCCAAAGAGCUGAAUGUAAUGUUCAUCGAAACUAGUGCAAAAGCAGGAUACAAUGUAAAACAGCUUUUCCGACGCGUGGCAGCUGCCUUGCCUGGAAUGGAAAGCACACAAGACAAAAGUAGAGAAGACAUGAUUGACAUCAAACUGGAAAAGCCUCAAGAGCAGCCUGUCAGUGAAGGAGGCUGCUCCUGCUAAUACCACGUGGCUUCUGACUUCCUCCAGAACAUCACUGCUUUCCCUCCCUUUACUCUUCAUUGACUGCAGUGUGAAUAUUGGCUUGAACCUUCCCCUUUCAGUAAUAACGUAUUGCAGUUCAUCAUCGCUGGCUGUCUCGUGGAGAUGAUCUAUUAGCUUCACAAGCACACACACACACACACACACACACACACACACAAAGAAAAUGUCGGUGUCUUCAUUAUUUAUAAGAAAAAGAAAAAAAAAAAAGCCAAAAUAUUCCAGCGUAUUCUAGUUAUAACUUAAAGAAAAACACACACACAAAAAAAAAAAAAAAAAAGCAAAGAAAAAAAUAGGUACAAUUUCUUAAUAUUUGUUCCUUUUUUUAAUAUGUUACGAUACUGCACUUUGAAAUGAUGGAACCCCGAGUCAGUUUGGGAUUGGACAUAGGUGAGGUGUACGUGCAGAAGAGCACUCGCCAGCCGUCCCCCCGCGCUGUCUGCCCACGUGGGCUGAGCAGAGGAGAGAGCUCCAGUGCUGUCCUUACCCAGCAGCCGCACAGCUGAGCUCCCGUGCUGGGAGCAGAGGUAGCAUGGAUGGUUUUCAAAGCCCCACCUUAGCAGGGUUUGGAGCGUGGGGUCUUUUGGAGGGGGGGAGGGGGGGGGCGAAUGGAACCAGAAGGACCUUGGGGUGGGGGUGGGGAGGGACGCGUGUGCGUUAGCAGACAACAAGGAGACGUGUUUGGAGUGCGAGAUGGGUUUGAAGAGCGUUUUUUCCUUUCAUGUAGAAGAAGAAGAAGAAGUGAAACGAUGGCUGCGUGGAGAGGUGGGAGUGUGGCAUUGUUUGGAGGAGAUCAGCGUGGUGGUUGCCAUGGUUAAGAGAGGGGAGAUUGGAAUGGAACGCUGCCUGAGCUGAUGGGGACGUGUGAGUUGGGCAGAAGGAAGGAGCAGAGGUGGCCUUCCCAGGCCAUGGGGGCGGGCGGUGCGCACGGCUGUACUGCAGUGGGGUCCCACUGGGGGUCCGGGUGGGAGACCGCAGAGAGUUGGGUGGGAUGGAAGCCAACUUGUGGCAAUGCAGACGGAUGCCUUUAUUUUUUAGCUUUUUUUUUUUUUCUUUACGUUGGGUCUUCCGAGUUGGGUUAGUUCUGCUUUCUUUCAUAGAGCCGUAGAGGUUGGUUCAAUAAGAGCCGCUUCGUUUUCUAUCAAGCUGGGCUUCUAAUUAACCGUUCCUCUUGGAUAUUUAUUUCUCUGCUUAAUUUUUUUGGUUGUUUUUUGGUUUUUUUUUACUACUUUGGGUAAUUUUGGUGGUAUUUUUGCAAAGGAGUCUGUGUAGAGCUUUGCUGAUGUGGCGAGAUGCAUCUACCCGAGAAACACGGACGGAACACACUAGAAGUGCACCCUUUUACUCUUUACUAGUCAUUGUGAAGUUGCUGUGUCAGUUAAUAAACACAAUUGUAAAUACAUUGUUUGCUGGGCGAAGAAGGCUGAGAUACAGUGCAGGAAGGGGGUUCUUGAGUCUGCGUUGCAUUGCUGCUCACCAACAGCUGCACAUCCGGGCUCCUCGUGGUUCUCCUCUGCCCUGAAAUAACCCGGGGAGAGAAGGGAACCAUCCUCUCACCGUGCACCAGGAGUGGGGGUAACCUCCUGGGGUUCUCCAUUCCCAGUGCCAGGCUCGUGCCCUGCCCUGGGUCUCUAGCAACUCUGCGCAACAAGAACUUCAAAGGCAGAAUGAGAUGUGACGUGCUUUUAUAAUGCAAUAUCAAAGGCGAGGUUUUUUGUUUGGGGGUUGGUUUCUUUUUUUUUUUAAUUAUUUUUAUUUUUAUUUUUUAUUUUUUUGACGUGGCAUGUCUUGAAAUAAACAUCAAUGAUAUGUGACAAAAAGGAUCGUUCUUUCUUUCAAAGAAGCUCUCGAGGGGAAGGAAACCUGGCUGCUUUUCCUGUGUUGCACUGGUCUGAGCUGUGCAGAGAUGAUCCAUCAUCUUGCCUCUUCGGUUGUUUUUCGUUGGCUUUUCUUCUUCCUUUUGGUUUUCACGCAGUCCAUGUUGGCCGUCGUUUCCCCGUUCCCCACUGGCACACACUUUUUGGGUUUCCCUUUGCUUUUCCUCCAUGGGCAUGGCCAGUAGAACCAGGGAACAGACUUCUUUUGUGAUGGCUUUGACGACAGUGAAGGUUUCUGCUCUGUUUCUGUUCUCCUCCCCGCUCUGGUUGUUGUACAGUACAUGACGCAGCUGUCCAUUACUCACUCUUUUGUCUUGAUAACAAGUAGUUGAAGAAAUUGUAUAAGGGGGAAAAAAAAAAAAAGGUUCCUUUUCUUCAUGUUGGAAUGUCACUGGUACCUCAGCUCUGUUUGAUAAUAUGAAACAACAAAAAGAAUCCGUAGCGCUUGAACUAAAUAAAUACCUGUCUCAUUGGAA